AUGCAAGAGGAGUACGGUGAUGAAGAUGGCGGGAAGGGCUCUGGUGCCCCUUUGCGCUCCGCAAAUGAACAGGUGGAAGAGAAAGUCGAGAAGCCCAACGUCACCGUCACCCCGGACAUGAAAAUCACUGAGCUCGGCCACAUAGAAAACGUGGUGGAUAAUCUUGCGCUAAUCCGGGCCAAGACGUCUGGCGAGUACCAGGUGCUGGAGAGCGGCUCAGUGCUCUGCUUGAGUGACAGGAGUGUCGUCGGAGCUGUCGCAGAAACACUAGGCCGCGUUCAAGAGCCCUUGUACUCUGUCGCCUUCAACAGCCGCGAGGAG